AUGGAGUUGCAAAUCAAGGUAGCGCAGGCUGUUCAAGUUCUGAAUCACGACGCCCAGUCCUGCAACCGGGUGGCUGCUAAUCAGUGGCUCGUUCAGUUUCAGCAGACCGGCUGUGCUUGGGAGGUUGCGACUUCCAUCCUCACCACCGAUCACCUUCACCGUCAUAUUCCUUCUCUGGUCUCCAAUUCAGAAGUCGAGUUCUUUGCCGCCCAGAUUCUGAAACGAAAGAUCCAUAGCGAAGGACAUUACUUACAAUCUGGGCCUAAACAUGCUCUGCUGAAUGCUCUACUUUUGGCUGCAAAAAGAUUUAGUGCUGGUCCUCCCCAGCUUUUAACACAAAUAUGUCUUGCACUUGCUGCCCUUAUUCUUUCUUCUGUCGACGAUAAGAAACCCAUCGAGCAGCUAUUUUACAGUCUGCAGACUCUGCAGAAUGACGAUGAUGGUAAUGUUGCUGUUUUGGAGAUGCUCACUGUUCUUCCAGAAGAAGUUGCUGACACGCGAAGUACUGAUAGUAGUAUAAGUUUAUUCCAAAGAAGCCAAUAUGGCCAAGAGCUUCUUUCACGCACUCCUAUGGUACUCGAGUUUUUGCUGGAACAAACUUUGAAGAAGUACAACGGUAUUGUCCAACUACAUGAGAGGGAUAGGAAGAUUCUUCGUUGCUUGCUAAGUUGGGUGCGAGCUGGAUGCUUCUCAGAUAUUUCACAGGACUCAUUACCGACACAUCCGCUUCUUAAUUUUGUCUUCAACUCUUUACAGGUUUCAUCCUCAUUUGAUUUAGCAAUUGAAGUCCUCAUAGAGCUUGCAAGUCGGCAUGAGGGACUACAACAGAUUCUGUUAUACAGAAUUCAUUUUCUUAAGGAUGUGCUUCUUCUUUCUGCUAUUAAUAAUGGGGAUGAGAAAGUGAUUAGUGGUCUUGCAUGCUUGAUGUCAGAAAUUGGACAGGCGGCUCCAUCUCUCAUUGUUGAGGCUAGUGUUGAGGCUCUAGCGUUGGCUGAUGGACUAUUAAGGUGUGUGGGAUAUCCAAGUGAAGACUGGGAAAUUGCAGAUUCAACAUUGCAAUUCUGGUCUAGCCUUGCAAGCUAUAUACUUGGCCUUGAUGCUAGUGGUGCGGUAGACAAGAAACAUGUGGAAGCCAUUUUCUCCUCCAUCUUCUUAACAUUGGUUGAUGCACUUUUAUUGCGAGCCCAGGUUGACGAAGCAACAUUUAAUGACCGGAGUGGUGUUCUUGAACUACCUGAUGGUCUUGUCCAUUUCAGGAUGAAUCUUGUUGAACUUAUGGUGGACAUGUGCCAGCUUGUAAGACCUCCCCGAUUUGUACAAAAGCUCCUUUUUGGUGCCUGGCCACCAGCAAAUGUACCAAUUCCUUGGAAAGAGGUGGAAACUAAAUUGUUUGCUCUUAAUGUGGUUUCUGAAGUAGUCUUGUUGGAAGGCCAGAUGUUUGAUAUCUCUUCCAUCAUGCAAUUAGUCACGAUGUUAUCCACUUGGCCUGUAGAUGACCUCAGUGGAUUCAUGGGCGUGGUACGCAGAUCACUAACAGAUGUUGUUGGUUCCUACUCCAAGUGGAUAUCUGCUUCUCCAGCUAAUUCCAGACCCUUGCUAUUAUUUCUUGCUGCAGGGAUUUCAGAGAAUCAUUCCUCAACUGCUUGUACAUCUGCCCUACGUAGAUUUUGUGAAGAAUCUUCACAUGUAAUUUAUGAACCUGCGAAUUUGGAAAUACUUUUAUGGGUAGGAGAGGCUUUGGAGAAGAGGCACAUACCUUUAGAUGAUGAAGAAGAAGUAAUAAGUGCAAUAAGCUCAAUCCUUGGUUCCGUACCAAAUGAAGAACUAAAGUACAACUUGUUGGCUAGAUUGCUCUCCUCGAGCUAUGAUGCCUUAAGAAAACUUAUUAAUGAAGAUGGUGAACAUUCUUAUAGACAAAAUCCAGCUACUUAUACUCAGCUUUUGAAUGGAGCAGCGAGAGGAUUACAUAGAAUAGGAAUUGUAUUUGCUCAACUUGCAAUGUCAAAACCCAAUGGGCCCGCUACAGAUGACCCUUCAAUAAGGUUGCUACGGGUGUUCUGGCCCAUGUUGGAGAAGAUUUUCAGAUCCGAAUACAUGGAAAACAGUAACUUGUCUGCGGCAGCUUGUCGUGCGCUUUCCCUUGCAAUUCAAUCUUCUGGGCAACAGUUUCUAGUUCUACUGCCGAGUGUUUUAGAUUGCCUGUCGACCAAUUUUCUGGCCUUCCAAAAUCAUGAAUGUUACAUUAGGACAGGCCACCAUAUCAGAAUCAUGUCGAGCUCUCAAGAACACGAAUCGGAGGAAGCUGAUCGAAGACGAUUCGCGGAAAUAAAACAAUUGUUGACGCAGUUGGCAUCGUUCGACGACGAUGAAGAUGACUGGUGGGACGACGAGGUCCCGGUGGCAGUAAUCAAAGCACCACAUUUGACCGAGAUUGAGGCUGAGCUGAUGGACGAUGACAACAUUGUGCAGGCAGAGGAAGAAAUAGCCUCGAGUGAGCUGUCACGGCAGGAGAAAGAAGCAGUAGUGGCGGCGGUGAUCGAGAUGAAGGAAGAGUCGCCACCGAAACAGAAGAGGAAGAACAAGAAACGCGGCGGCGGUGGAAUCCUCCACUCACCAUCGGGAAGAGUAACGACGAAGGUGGCGAGAUUCGCGCUCGGGAAGAAGGUUUUGACGAUGGGUCGCGCGCCGAACCGGCGAUUACGAAAGAAGAAGUCGGCCGAGACGUUAGGCAACAGAGCCGAGAGGGUGACCCGCCAUGGGCUUGACGAGCCUGAGUUGCGCCUCGCGCAUUUGACGUCGCGAUCGGUGACCACGCUAGCCACGACGAACACAUGGAAAACCGACGGUGGGUUGUGGCUGGAGACGAGGAGAGUCGGAUCGAACUUGUCUCACGGCCGUCUGGCGAUCUCGUCGUUUGAUAGAACCCGGUUCUAG